AUGCAACUUGUUUCCUUAUUAACUUCAGCAGCCAUCUUAUCUACUGUCGCUUCCACUCCAGUCAACGUUACUCGUACUGGAUACAUCUCCCUCCCAAUUAGUUUGGACGGUGCAGUUUCCCCACUCGGACAAUCCAAGGACGAAGUGUCCUCGACUUUGUCCCUCAAGGAACAGCUCUUUUUAACCGAUCUCCAAAUUGGGUCUUCGGGAGAACAAGUGACUGUUGUUGUUGAUACUGGUUCGGAAUACCUUUGGGUCAUGGAUUCCAAUGUUGAAUGUGAUGACGGCAAGAAUGACUGUCAACAAUAUGGUUCUUUUUCAACUGGGAAUUCCAAUUCGUUCGUUAAGGAUGACUCCAUGGGUGAAUUUGAAGUUGCAUACCUGUCAGGACAGAAAACCACGGGGUACUGGGCUAAAGAUGAUGUCUCACUCGUUGGUGCUUCUCCAGUCAAGGGUUUUGAAUUUGGAAUUGCUGAAAAGACUUCAUCCAAGUUUGGUAUUUUGGGAUUGAACUUCCCAAGAGACCCAAGCAAAGGUUACAGUUUCCCACAACAAUUACACGAUCAAGGAAUAAUUUCACGUAAUGCUUAUUCUGUCUUUUUGAAUUCGAAGCUGGCAGGUCAAGGUUCGAUCAUGUUUGGUGCUGUUGAUCAUAGUAAAUAUGAAGGGGAUUUAGUUUCCGUUCCUGUUCAAUACAAUGAAACUUUCCCAAGAAUUUUAGUCAAUGCUAGAAUUGAUGUCAACAACAACGGUAACUCAGUCAACAACGGCGGUAACGAAGUCGGUUACAUCUUGGACACUGGUAGUACUAGAUCCCGUCUUCCAUCCUCAUACUUGAACACCCUCACUCAAUUACUUGAUGGUACUUAUGAUGAACAAUGGCACGGUGUUUCUUUCGACAGUUGUUCCAAGCUUGAUUCUGUCGUCUUUUACGUCAACUUCUACGGAAAGACAAUCUCCAUCCCAGCCAAGUCAUUAGACUAUGGUACCCAAGGUGGAAGAUGUUUGUUGCAAUUGAACUUUGAUGACGAUUUGCUUAUCUUGGGUAUGGAUGUUUUACGUAGUAUUUACUUCCUUGUUGAUUUGGAUGACCGUGAAGUUCAAUUAGCUCAAGCCAAGUAUGGUGAUGAUAAUGCUGAUAUUGAAGUUUUCCAACCUACUGGAUCAGAACUUUUGGCUAGUAGUAAAAAGGAUGCUAAGGUUCUCGAACAAACUUCCGGUGGUUCUAUUAUGGUCAACCCAAUCAAGGCUGUAAUUGUGGGUUUAUUAUUGGUUUGGUUUAUUUAG